GCCGCGGGCGGGCGGCCGGCCGGGGCACGGGAGCUACCGGUGCUGCUGCUGGUGCUGCUGCAGCGGCUGCACCCGCGUCGCCGAGGCCGAGACGGAGGCCAGGGUGCGCGCUUGGCGAACUUGCCUAAUCCGCGCGGCUCAGUUGCAGCGGCCUUUGCGGCCGCUUGAGCGUCUUGACUGGUCUCUGCGUUGCGCCAACGAGGAUGCGGCUGUUCUGGUGGCUGCUGAAGCAGCCGGUGCCCAAGCAGAUUGAGCGCUAUUCGCGCUUCUCGCCAUCGCCGCUCUCCAUCAAGCAGUUCCUGGACUUCGGGAGAGAUAAUGCAUGUGAGAAAACUUCAUAUAUGUUCCUACGAAAGGAGCUUCCUGUGCGCCUGGCUAACACAAUGAGAGAAGUUAAUCUUCUGCCAGAUAACUUGCUUAACCGCCCUUCGGUGGGAUUGGUUCAGAGUUGGUAUAUGCAGAGUUUUCUUGAACUUCUAGAAUAUGAAAAUAAGAGCCCUGAAGAUCCACACGUCUUGGAUAACUUUCUACAAGUUCUAAUUAAAGUCAGAAAUAGACACAAUGAUGUGGUUCCUACAAUGGCCCAAGGAGUGAUCGAGUACAAGGAGAAGUUUGGGUUUGAUCCGUUCAUUAGCAGUAACAUCCAGUAUUUUCUGGACCGGUUUUAUACCAACCGCAUCUCUUUCCGCAUGCUUAUUAACCAGCACACACUUCUGUUUGGCGGUGACACCAAUCCUGCGCAUCCCAAACACAUAGGAAGUAUUGAUCCCACUUGCAACGUGGCUGAUGUUGUGAAAGAUGCAUAUGAAACUGCCAAGAUGCUUUGUGAACAGUAUUAUCUGGUAGCUCCAGAGCUGGAAGUUGAAGAAUUCAAUGCCAAAGCUCCAGACAAACCUAUUCAGGUAGUUUAUGUGCCCUCACAUCUGUUUCACAUGCUAUUUGAGUUGUUCAAGAACUCAAUGAGAGCGACAGUUGAACUAUAUGAAGAUAGAAAAGAGGGCUACCCAGCUGUUAAAACCCUUGUUACUCUGGGUAAAGAAGACUUAUCCAUUAAGAUAAGUGACCUAGGUGGUGGGGUCCCACUACGAAAAAUAGAUCGUCUUUUUAACUACAUGUAUUCAACUGCUCCGAGACCUAGCCUGGAGCCUACGAGAGCCGCGCCGCUGGCUGGAUUUGGUUAUGGCUUGCCAAUUUCUCGUCUGUAUGCCAGAUAUUUUCAAGGAGAUCUAAAACUCUAUUCUAUGGAAGGCGUGGGUACUGAUGCUGUCAUUUAUUUGAAGGCUCUUUCAAGUGAAUCAUUUGAGAGACUUCCAGUUUUUAAUAAGUCCGCAUGGCGCCAUUACAAGACCACACCUGAAGCUGACGAUUGGAGCAAUCCCAGCAGUGAACCCAGGGAUGCUUCCAAAUACAAGGCGAAACAGGACAAGUUCAAGACUAACAGAACUUUGUAAAGAACUGAAUGCUUCGGUCCUCUCCAUGAAGAAAAGAUGGUCUUCUGCAAGUCACCCAGAAAGAACUUUCCUCCACCGACUCUGCGUGUGGCACUAUAGUUAAUCCAGUGUCUGAAUGUGUAUUUUCUCUCUGUAUGAGAUGGACCUUUUCCACAGAAGUUUCCUGUAGCUACUUCAGAUCUUCCACUAAAGUAGUAACUUGAGUCAUUUUUCGUAGUACGUUGUCGUGGUUUGGUUGGCGCCUGUCAUAAGGGGACACAGAACCUUGUUAGUACUCGCGUCCUCAUACCUCUGUCCUCGUUAUCAUAGAGUGUCUGCAGUCUCCCCAGAUUUCUCAGCUCCCUUCCCAUUCCAGAUACAGCCGAUCUCUACUGUUGCUCUUUGCAACCAAAUACCAUGUUUGUCCCAAACCACCAGCUAAGGCCUGGGGAGUCUGGAAGUUGAGGACGUCAGCUUAGCAUGUCUUGAUAAUUCGGUCCCUGGGCCCUUCCUUUCUCUUAUGCAUCCCUCCUCACUCUCUGAUUUAGACUUUGGCCUUCUUCCAUCUGACCGGAUUCUCAUUGUGAGGUAUGGGUACUUCCGUGUUAGAUCUUCCUCUUGGAUGCAUAGAUUUUAUUUUGAAAUUCAUUUGUAUACUUCCAUUCUGUCAAUUAAAGCAUUC